UCAAUUUUACAAUACCAUUCCAGGAGACCACAACUCUCUAAUGGCCUUCACUAAAACUAGGAAGUGGAGAAGCACUAAUAAUUGCAAAAGCUUGCUUCUUGUUAAGCUAAGCUAAUGACAAAAUUACACAUCUGGAAACAAAUUACCCACAAAGAGAGAGCAAAAAGGUUCAACUUUCUUUCUAGAUUUUAGCUGUUAAAAACAGAAAACAAACAUCUGUAAGUGGAACAAGCACACAGACACAGACCCCCUUUGAUAGUUUGGCUAAAGCAGAUAGAAGACAGCUCAAUCACUGACACUCACAAAAAGCCCCAACUAUGAUUCGCCCUCUUAAACCCCAUUAAGUACUUUACCUUUCUUGAUAAUUCCUCCGCUUAAAGUUUGGUUCUUUUUUCUCUUAAAGGAGGUACCUUUGUGUUUUUUCAAGUUCACCGUUUCUGUGCUCAUUUCAUGAAUCUGUGGCUUCAAAAAAUCUCGUCUGACAAUUAGAUUGAUUGCGUGGAAAUAUUACUGUUACAUACACCUAGUUUUUGGUGACAAUUUAAGUGUAAACAUCUGUUUAUGGAAGGACCUGGCAGUUAAGCUCAUUCAUUAUCAUCUUAUGAACUCGAGGACCUCUCCUUGCUAGCAAAAGAUCUGUCCAUGCUAGUGUGUAUGCUGCUUGAUGGAAUUUACUUCUAUCUUCACUUGGGUUCGUGUGUUUCAAUGGAUCGAGCGCCUGGGUUGAUGUCAUUGAAGAUGGAAAUGCUCUUUGCAGCCUUAAUAUUGGCUUACUUGCAAUCCUUUGUAUUGUCUGACCCACAAGGAGAUGCCCUAUUUGCAUUGAAGCUUUCGAUGAAUAUUCCAAACAAUCAAUUGACAGACUGGAACCAGAAUCAAGUUAAUCCUUGCACUUGGACGAAUGUUAUCUGUGACAAAAGCAAUAAUGUCAUUUCUCUAACGCUAUCUGACAUCAACUGUUCUGGGACCUUGUCUCCUAUGAUAGGAACUCUAAGGACUCUCACUACACUAACACUGAAAGGGAAUGGCAUAACUGGUGGGAUACCAAAAGAGUUCGGAAAUUUGUCAAGUUUGACCAGCUUGGAUUUGGAAAAUAAUCGUUUAAGUGGUGAAAUACCAUCUUCCCUGGGUGAUCUUAAAAAACUACAAUUUUUGACAUUGAGUCAAAACAAUCUCAGUGGAGCUAUCCCUGAAUCACUUGCUAGUCUUCAAAACUUAAUCAAUAUUCUGCUCGAUUCAAAUAAUCUCAGUGGUCAAGUUCCUAAUCAUUUAUUCCAAAUUCCUAAAUACAAUUUUACAGGAAACCACUUAAAUUGUGGUGGGCUGAAUUUGCAUCUCUGUGAAUCUUAUAGCGGUGAUUCAGGUGGUUCACGUAAGUCAAAGAUUGGAAUUGUAGUUGGAGUUGUGGGAGGAUUUGUAGUUCUUUUUCUGUUUGGAGGCUUGCUAUUUUUUGUUUGCAAGGGUAGACGCAAAGGCUACAAACGUGAAAUAUUUGUAGAUGUUGCAGGUGAAGUCGAUCGAAGAAUAGCAUUUGGUCAGUUAAAACGAUUUGCAUGGAGGGAAUUGCAGCUCGCCACAGACAACUUCAGUGAGGAAAAUAUCCUUGGACAAGGAGGAUUUGGAAAAGUUUAUAAAGGAGUGCUUGCUGAUAACACCAAAGUUGCCGUGAAGCGUUUAACUGAUUUUGAAAGUCCUGGGGGUGAUGCAGCAUUCCAACGUGAAGUUGAGAUGAUAAGUGUAGCUGUUCACAGGAACCUAUUACGUCUGAUAGGGUUUUGCACAACAACUACAGAACGCCUCUUGGUGUAUCCAUUCAUGCAGAAUUUAAGUGUGGCCUAUCGUCUAAGAGAGCGUAAACCUGAGGAGCCUGUUUUAGAUUGGACAACCAGAAAAAGAGUGGCCUUAGGUGCAGCACGUGGGCUGGAAUACCUUCAUGAGCACUGCAAUCCUAAAAUUAUUCAUCGUGAUGUGAAAGCAGCUAAUGUACUACUUGAUGAAGAUUUUGAAGCAGUUGUUGGUGAUUUUGGCCUUGCAAAGCUGAUGGAUGUGAGAAAGACUAAUGUGACUACUCAAGUUCGUGGGACAAUGGGCCACAUAGCACCAGAAUACUUGUCCACUGGCAAGUCAUCUGGAAGGACUGAUGUCUUUGGGUAUGGGAUAAUGCUUCUGGAGCUUGUUACAGGUCAACGUGCAAUUGACUUUUCACGCCUGGAAGAAGAAGAUGAUGUCCUAUUGCUUGACCAUGUCAAGAAGCUGGAGAGGGAGAAACGACUGGAUGCUAUUGUAGAUCGCAACUUGAAUAAAAACUACAACAUCCAGGAGGUGGAGAUGAUGAUAAAAGUUGCUUUGCUCUGUACCCAAGCAUCGCCAGAGGACCGUCCAGCAAUGUCAGAGGUUGUGCGGAUGCUAGAAGGAGAGGGGCUUGCUGAAAGGUGGGAAGAAUGGCAGCACGUUGAAGUUACAAGAAGGGAAGAAUACAGCAGAUUGCAGAGAAGAUUUGACUUGGGAGAAGAUUCACUUUAUAACCAAGAUGCUAUUGAGUUAUCUGGUGGAAGAUGAGGAAAUGAAUUCUCCGGUGCAUUUAAAGUAUGUAAUUUCCAUUUACAUUAGCUUGAUGUUUUCCUCGAACGAAAACAGAUACAUGAAAAUAAAGGAAAGAAUGUGCUUUCAUAAUUUUUAUGACAGUUGCUCAUGUAGGCUCCUCGUUCUUCCUUUGUGUGAGCUCCUAUUUUGUCUGCGAUGAAACUAUUUUGGCGUUGAUAUGGUGGGCGUCUGCAAGGUUUCUCCGACCUCCAAUGUAAGUUCACCAAUUUGUCCUGCUUCCGAAGUCAGAUGGUCUCUACAACUCCCAAAAUUUGAAAGCUCUUUUUUUUUUUUUUUUCCAGUUUCAUAAUCGUAGCUCUAUUAUUUAUCCCAAGAAAAUGGUAUUUCGACUCUUGAGCUUCCUGCUUAGGCUUUUGCCUGCUGUAUUUCCACCAAUUUCAACGUCAUUUCACACUUGUUUUCUAGGAUUUUGCUCUGUCAGACAAUAUUGAAGCGACCUUUCAUUAAAACGAAAUGUAAUAUAUAACACAAAGGAUAUGAGGUUGUCUAUUUCCA